AUGGUCUCUCAACAUACUACCGACAAGGUUCAACAAUUGAUUAAAACUAAGCCAGUUUUCAUCGCUUCAAAGUCCUACUGUCCAUACUGUGCUAAGACUAAGAAUACCAUUUCGUCCAUCACUAAGGAUGCUUACAUCAUUGAAUUAGAUGAAGUGGAAGAUGGUAGUGAAAUUCAAGAAGCUUUAUACGAAUUAACUGGACAAAAGACCGUUCCAAAUGUUUUCAUUGGAGGUGAACACAUUGGUGGUAACUCUGAUGUUCAAGAAUUGAGUUCCGGUGAUAAAUUGGAAAGCAAGAUCAAGGCUGUCUUAUAA